CAAAACACAUCUGCCUUCUUACUUAUAUAGGUACCUUGGAGUGACCAAAAAAUCAACCAUGCCGACGACACUCUCCUUUGUCACUCUCGACGUCUUCACCACCACUCGGUACACGGGUAACCCUCUGGCCAUCAUCAAAGUCCCGUCGUCCACCACACUCACUCAGUCCCAGAAACAGCGCAUCGCUCGAGAAUUCAACCUGUCCGAAUCGGUCUUUUUGCACGAACAAACCGACUCGGACAAAUCGGACUCAUCCGCCCGCAUCGACAUCUUCACCUCCCACGCCGAGGUCCCUUUCGCCGGCCACCCUACGGUCGGCACCGCCAACUACGUGCUCCGCAUUUUGCGCGACGAUGACCCCCUCAAAGGCAACGUCAAAGCGCUUCAGGCCAAGGCAGGUCGGUUCGGAAUCACUCUCGACGAGAGCGUCUCGGGUACGCGGAUCGCCGUGGCGCACAACGUCCACGUCCACUCUUCCCCGUUCGCCGGGCAGUCUUACGCCGCGUACCCCGUCGUGAGCAUCGUCAAGGGUAUGACUUUCAUUCUCGCCCAGCUCCCGGACCUGGACGCCCUGGAGAACCAGAGUCGCAAUCUCGUAGGGACGGAGAACACGUACACGUCUCAAAACUCCCUGGAUGAGGACUGGAGGACCGGCAUCGUGUGUACUUAUUUCUACGUCGACCUCGGUCCUUCUUCCGGUUCUGGUUCUGACUCCAAGACGCGUCACCUUCGAACCCGAAUGUUCGGGUCUCGAGAGGACCCUGCCACUGGCAGCGCGGCCAGCGCCCUCUCGAGCUACCUCUCUCUCCAAACCGGCACGCCGGGUCGGUACAAGUAUCGCUUCACCCAGGGGGUGGAAAUGGGCCAGAGGAGUGAGAUAUCAGUCGAGGUAUCCACCACCACAUCUACUCGUUCCGAGGCCGACAGCACCGGCGUCGGCAUCGGUGAAGUCUUGCUAGGUGGAAGUGCAGUUUUGAACAUGCAAGGGACACUCGAGGUUCCUGAGCCUUGA